AUGGCGUCUUCAAGCUCCGGCAACUCUAUCCCUGCCCCCGAGGCAGUUCAAGUUCUGGUGUCCUCGCUUGCGGAUGAGUCCCCCAUGGUUAGGGAAGCCUCUAUGGCUGCUCUUAAAGACAUAGCUCCCCUGAAUCCGCUACUGGUUCUUGAUUCAUGCUCCAUUGUAUCCCGAGGUGGACGGAGGAGGUUUGGGAAUAUUGGAAACUUAUUUCAAGUAAUGUCGGUGGCCAUACGUGCCUUGGAUAAACGAGAUGUUGAACCUUCCUACAUGACGAAGCUCGCUAAGAUUGCCACAGCCGAGCUGAUCUCAUCCAAGGAAUUUAACGCUGAUUGGCAAAGAGCUGCAGCCAGCGUACUUGUGGCCAUUGGUUUGCAUAUACCUGACCUGAUGAUGGAAGAAGUGUUUCUUCAUCUAUCUGGGGCUAGUUCAUGUAUUCCAGCUAUGGUUCAAGUACUUGCCGACUUUGCUUCAGUUGACGCUUUGCAGUUCACUCCAAGGCUUAAAGCCGUACUUGCUCGCGUUCUGCCCAUUCUGGGGAAUGUCAGGGACAUGAACAGGCCGAUUUUUGCUAAUGCAUUCAAGUGUUGGUGUCAGGCUUGUUGGCAGUAUAGUGUGGACUACCCUAUCUUUUCGGUUAUUGAUGGCGAUGUCAUGUCCUUCCUUAAUUCAGCUUUUGAACUUCUAUUGAGAGUUUGGGCAGCUUCGCGAGAUCUUAAGGUCCGAAGUGCUACAGUUGAAGCUUUAGGUCAGAUGGUUGGUCUAAUUACUCGAACCCAGUUGAAGGUGGCCUUACCAAGACUUAUUCCAACUAUUUUGGACAUGUAUAAAAAGGAUCAAGACGCUUCAUUAGUGGCUAGUUGUACGCUCCACAAUCUCUUAAAUGCCGCACUAUUUUCUGAAAGUGGUCCACCUUUGCUUGAUUUUGAGGACCUGACUGUCAUUUUAUCAACACUUCUUCCUGUGGUUUGCAUCAGCAAUGACAGUAAAGAACUUUCAGAAUUUUCUGUGGGGUUGAAGACAUAUAAUGAAGUUCAACAUUGCUUCUUAGCUGUUGGGAUGGUCUACCCUGAAGAUUUAUUCACGUUUCUUCUUAAUAAAUGCAGGUUGAAAGAAGAACACCUGACUUUUGGUGCUCUUAGUGUCUUAAAGCAUCUCCUACCCAGGUUGUCUGAAGCUUGGCACAGUAGAAGGCCUUCACUGAUAGAAGCUGUGAAGCUUUUGCUGGAUGAGCAUAGUUGGGGAGUACGGAAAGCUCUUGCUGAGUUGAUCGUUGUUAUGGCGUCUCAUUGCUACUUAAUCGGUCCAUCUGGCGAAUUGUUUGUUGAAUUUCUUGUACGAAAUUGUGCAAUCGAAGAUUCAGUAAAUACUAAGGAAGCCGUUCGACCAAGUGGUGCUCAUUAUUCCUUUCUGCACAAAAAAUUAGAGAUGAGAGCUGGAGGCUUUUCUCCUAGGGAAUUACGUGCUAUCUGUGAGAAAGGUCUUCUUCUGAUUACUGUGACCAUCCCAGAAAUGGAGCUUGUUCUUUGGCCAUUUUUGCUGAAGAUGAUUAUACCUCGUCUCUACACAGGAGCAGUUUCCACGGUUUGUAGGUGCAUCUCAGAAUUGUGCAGACAUAGAUCUUCUCAAAGUGGUGCCAUGCUCUCUGAAUGUAAAGCUCGGACUGAUAUUCCACCUCCAGAGGAGCUUUUCGCUCGCCUAGUAGUACUUCUACACAAUCCUUUAGCCAGAGAUCAGUUGGCUACUCAAAUUCUUACGGUCUUGUAUCUUCUGGCUCCUCUUUUUCCAAAGAAUGUUACAUUGUUUUGGCAAGACGAGAUUCCAAAAAUGAAAGCCUAUGUGAGUGACACUGAAGAACUGAAGGAAGAUCCAUUGCAUCAGGAAACUUGGGAUGACAUGAUUAUUAAUUUCCUCGCAGAGUCUUUGGAUGUGAUCCAAGAUACUGAUUGGAUAGUUUCUCUGGGAAAUGCUUUUACCAAGCAAUAUGAACUUUACACAGCUGAGGAUGAACAUUCUGCCUUGCUUCACAGGUGUCUUGGUGUUUUGCUGCAAAAAGUUCAUGAUAGAGCAUAUGUUUGUGCUAAGAUUGAUUGGAUGUACAAGCAAUCCAAUAUAUCUUUGCCAAAGAAUAGACUUGGCUUGGCAAAGGCCAUGGGAUUGGUUGCUGCAUCACACUUGGACACGGUCUUGGAGAAGCUCAAAGAAAUUCUUGAUAAUGUUGGUCAAAGUUUCUUUCAAAGGAUCUUGUCACUUUUUUCUGACAAAGCUAAAAUGGAGGAAGCUGAUGAUAUUCAUGCUGCCUUGGCCUUAAUGUAUGGAUAUGCUGCAAAAUAUGCACCAACAACUGUUAUUGAAGCUAGAAUUGAUGCACUUGUGGGAACUAAUAUGCUUUCGCAUCUUCUCCAUGUGCGUCAUCCAACAGCAAAGCAGGCUGUUAUUACUGCUAUUAACUUACUGGGUCAAUCAGUCUACAAUGCUUCUAAAACUGGUACAUCUUUUCCUCUGAAAAGAAGAGACCAGUUACUGGAUUAUAUUUUGACUCUGAUGGGUCGAGACAGUGAAGAUGGUUUUCUUGAUUCAACUCGUGAGCUUUUGUGUACUCAGUCUCUUGCUUUAAGCGCUUGUACUACAUUGGUCUCGGUGGAGCCUAAACUGACUACUGAGACGAGGAAUCUUGUUAUGAAAGCUACCUUAGGAUUUUUUGGUCUGCCAAAUGAUCCUUCUGAUGUCGUCAUUCCCCUCAUUGACAAUCUAAUUACUCUCCUCUGUACAAUACUUGUUACUGGUGGAGAAGAUGGAAGAAGUCGGGCAGAGUUGCUUUUGCACAUUUUGAGACAGCUUGAUCCCUAUGUAUCAUCUGGUAUUGAAUAUCAGAGGGAGAGAGGAUGCCGUGCUGUUCAUGAGAUGCUUCUCAAGUUUCGGACAUUGUGUGUUAGUGGAUAUUGUGCAUUUGGCUGCCAAGGAAGUUGCACACAUCCGAAACAAAUUGACCGCGUUUUACUACGCAAUUACCCUAAAUUACCAUCUGCUUUUGUUCUGCCAAGUCGUGAUGCAUUGUGUUUGGGGGAAAGAAUUAUGUUGUACCUUCCUCGUUGUGCAGACACUAGUCCUGAAGUCAGGAAACUUUCUGCACAGAUUCUUGAUCUUUUCUUUAGUAUCUCCCUUUCUUUGCCCAGACCUGUGAAUUCCAACAAUGGGUUGGAUAUAGAAUUAUCCUAUAGUGCCUUGACCUCACUUGAGGAUGUUAUAGCUAUUUUAAGAAGUGAUGCUUCUAUUGACCCCUCGGAGGUAUUCAACAGGGUUGUUUCAUCUGUUAGCAUUUUAUUUACUAAAGACGAGCUUGCUGCUGCUUUGCAUGGUUGCUCCUCAGCCAUAUGUGACAAAGUCAAGCAGUCAGCAGAAAGCGGAAUUCAAGCUGUUGUCGAGUUUAUCACAAAACGAGGAAAUCAGUUGAAUGAGACUGAUGUAUCCAGGACAGCACAAUCUUUGCUAUCUGCUACAGCGCAUGUGUCGGAGAAGUAUUUACGUCAGGAGACUCUUGGUGCUAUCUCUUCUCUUGCUGAGAACACCCGCUCAGAUAUUGUUUUCAAUGAAGUAUUAACCGCUGCUGGUAGGGACAUAACUACCAAAGAUAUUUCUAGACUACGUGGUGGCUGGCCAAUACAGGAUGCGUUCUAUGCGUUUGCCCAGCAUGCCGUACUUUCAUAUUCAUUCCUGGAGCAUGUGAUAGACAUUGUGAAUCAGACUCCUCUUCUUAAAAGCGAUUCGAGUAAAGGAGAGAAUUCCAGCCAUGUUGGUGAUACUCAUGUGCUGGAGGAUGUUUUGCAGGCUGCUGUAAUUGCUCUGACUGCAUUCUUCAGAGGUGGUGGUAAAAUUGGAAAGAAGGCUGUUGAGCAAUGUUAUGCUUCUGUUGUUGCAACUCUUGUGCUCCAUUUUGGAAGUUGCCAUGGUUUAGCCACUUCCGGUCAGCUGGAGCCACUGCGGUAUACAUAUAUGCAUGCACUCGAUAGUGCACAGACAUUCUUAAUCAAUGUUUUGGCUUAUUUUCAGAAAUUUCAAACUUUUGCGGUUGUAUUGAUCUUUGUAUUUGCUUUCUUCUACUCUAGUGCCAUGUUGAUAGCAUUUCAUGCAUUUUGUGAAUGUGUUGGCGACCUAGAAAUGGGCAAGAUUCUUACCAAAGAUGGGGAAAAUAAUGAAAAUGAGAAGUGGAUCAAUGUUAUUGGGGAUCUUGCUGGAUGCAUUUCAAUAAAAAGACCUAAAGAGAUUCCCUCGAUAUGCUUGAUUGUGGGCAAGUCACUAGAGAGAUCCCAAAGAUUCCAGAGAGAAGCAGCUGCUGCAGCAUUGUCUGAGUUUCUACACUAUAGUGAUACAAUUGGCUCUCUGUUGGAGCAGAUGGUGGAAGCAUUGUGCCGCCAUGUAUCAGAUGAUUCACCGACAGUGAGGCGCCUCUGCCUAAGGGGACUUGUCCAGAUGCCAUCCGUUCAUAUUCUCCAGUAUACCAGUCAGAUUCUCAGUGUAAUAUUAGCUUUACUGGAUGACUCGGAUCAUUCUGUUCAAUUGACGUCCGUGUCAUGCCUGCUACAGGUGCUCUCAUCAUCUUCUAAUGAAGCAGUGGAGCCCAUUCUUCUGAGCCUUUCAGUGCGACUUCGUAACCUACAAAUGUGCAUGGAUACAAAUAUCCGUAGAGAUGCCUAUGUUGCCUUUGGAGCCCUUAGCAGCUAUGCAACUGGUGUUCAUCAUGAAGCAUUUCUUGAGCAGGUGCAUGUUGUCUUCCCUCGCUUGGUGCUUCAUAUACAUGAUGAUGAUGUUGGGGUCAGACAAGCCUGCAGGAAUACCUUCAAGUCCAUUGCUCCGCUAAUGGAAUUUGAUGGAAUAGUUGCCCUUGCAAGUACUCAUCGGUUUGCUUCUGACCACAGGAGUGACUAUGAAGACUUUCUGAGAGACCUUGCUAAACUCUUAACUCAAAAUGUGCCGUCACGAGUAGAUACUUACACGGCAGCAUUUAUCCAGGCUUUUGAUGCCCCUUGGCCAGUAAUUCAGGCGAACGCCGUUUAUUUGUGUAGCAGCAUAUUAGCUCUUUCAGACGAUCAACAUCUUUCAGUCCUUCGCAACCAGGUUUUUGUCCUGUUGGUAGGCAAGAUGAGUCGCUCAGCAGAAGCAAUUGUUAGAGCAACGUGUUCUUCGGCCUUUAGUUUGUUACUAAAGUCGGUCAACGCAUCCUCAUGGAAAGCUAUUCGGCUUGAAUGA